UGUCAGUCGGCGGAACCACUCUUCGCUUCACUGAACGCUCUUUACGAUUCUGAUAUACACUUUUUAAAAAGGGAGUGAUCUUUGAAACAGCCCCACUAAAUUUGGAAGACAUAAAUUGCGAGAUGAAGUGCCGGUAUGGAUGGGGUUUCCUCGGAGGUGGCGCCGGUGGCGUCAGUGGCGCAAUUCUGGUCGGACUACUUUGCGGAUUUUUUGUCUGCGACGUCCGUGGUGAUAAGGUGGAAAUAAUAGAGCUUGGCAAUUGGACGAUAACAAAUCAGAAUAGAUCCCUAACCAUUGCCAACCAAACGCUGCCUUCGGGAAUAUACAGUGCUUUUGCGCCCCAAGUGCUGGACUCGUACAACGACGUCGAACUGCGUUAUCUGGCCUACGACAAUUGGACCUACUCGAAUCUCUUUCAAUUCGACGUCCGUCAUUACAAAGGCGGCCACAUCAAUCUGACAUUUUACGGCAUUGAUACCGUGGCGGAAAUCCGGCUCAACCACCAACUGCUAGGACGGACAGACAACAUGUUUGUGCGCUACUCCUACGAAGUGAGCUCGUUGGUCCAAGCAGAAAACGUUCUGGAGGUUGAGAUCAAAUCUCCCGUACUAUCUGCCUUGGCGAGAGCCCAAAAUUUAAAUAAUUCCGUUCCGCCGGAAUGCCCCAACGAGCGCUACCAUGGCGAAUGCCACAUGAACAUGUUGCGGAAGAUGCAGGCCAGCUUCUCCUGGGACUGGGGUCCCGCAGCCCCCUCCGCUGGGAUAUGGAAAAAGGUGCAGCUAGAAAUCUACGAAGUUGCCGUAAUCCGCGACGUGGAUGUGGACGUCAGCCUCAUCAAUGGCUCUUAUUGGAACAUGCAUAUUCGCUGCUACCUGGACGCAGUGGGAGAAAAGGACUUUAAUGGAAGGCUUAUUCUAUACGCUGUCGAGUUAUUGGACCAUCCGGUGGUCAUAGACAGAAACGCAUCGAAUCCCAUCAGUCGUUUGACGCCACUAAUUGAGUUUGAUCAGGCCGUGCCAAUUGAAAAAGUCGUAGCCUGGUGGCCCAAUGGUUACGGUGAGCAGAAACUUUAUCCGCUUCACUUCACUCUGAAGGCCUGGCUGGGCACUGAGGCGCCCGAGGUUCGUUCUAAGACCAAGUCGCACAAGUCCCUCCGAGUGGGCUUUCGCUCCCUUGAAUUGGUCGAAGUUCCCGCUCCAGACGGCAUAGGAAAUACAUUCCUUUUCCGAGUCAAUGGAGUAGAUAUGUUUAUGAAAGGUAGUAACUAUAUACCAUCACAUAUCCUGCCCGAAAUGCAAACGAAGGAACAGAUUGGCCACCUAUUGAGAUCCGCCAAGGAAGCGCAUAUGAACAUGCUGCGCGUGUGGGGAGGCGGUGUUUACGAAUCAGAUUACUUCUACCAGCUCGCCGACAGUCUGGGCCUUCUAAUUUGGCAAGAUAUGAUGUUCGCGUGUGCCAUGUACCCGGUUGGCGACGACUUCCUGUCAUCAGUGCGUGAGGAGGUUCGUCAAAAUGCCAUACGGCUGUCGCACCAUCCCAGCGUGGCAAUUUUCGUAACCAACAAUGAAAACGAAGCCGCAUUGGUACAGAACUGGUAUGGCACGCUGUUUGAAAGAGAUCGCUUUGAGAGCGACUACCGGGAGCUCUACCUGGCCAAUGUCAUCCACGAAUUAAAGCUAGUCUCGCAUCGCUCUCGACCCCAGCCACUAGUCUCAUCGCCCUCCAAUGGCAAGGCCAGUGAAAAGGAAAACUACAUUUCUAGUGACCCCCAGGACAAUCACAAUGGCGAUGUACAUUUCUACGACUACACAAAGGACGGCUGGGACCCAGAAAUUUAUCCACGUCCUCGAUUUGUUAGUGAGUACGGCUUUCAGAGCUUUCCAGGAACAUACGCCUGGGAGCGCAGCAAGAACGGCGAUGACGACCUUCUUGCUCUUAUUAGACACCGCCAGCACCAUCCGCUAGGAAAUAUUCCCGUAAUCGCUUUGGUGGAGAGACACCUUCCGCUCCCCUUGCCAGAGGAUGAUAACUAUGCCAAUGCACUGAUAUACUUCAGCCAGAUCGCUCAGGCCAUGGCCACCAAGGUGGAAACGGAAUUGUACCGCAGCCUGCGGGAUACCCCUCACAAAACCAUGGGCGCCCUUUACUGGCAGCUAAACGACGUAUGGGUGGCGCCAUCCUGGUCCGGCAUAGAUUUCUACGGCAACUGGAAGAUUCUUCAUUACUGGGCGCGCGACUUCUUAGCGCCGAUUGCCAUCGUAGCUCUCUACGAAAGGUCCACGGACUCGCUAAACAUCUCACUUAUUUGCGAUUUACCGGAGGUGGACACGGGGGAACUCAAUGUCGUGGCUAAUGUUCAUUUGUGGUCUCAGCUGCUGCCGCGCCAAUCAACCACGUGGGAGGUUACCCUUCGCCCCAAUGGCGUGCACUACGACAAGGUCAUUCCCAUUUCUGAUCUUCUAAAAGGGCAAUUCACUAAAACAAACUCAUUCCUGGAGUUUCAACUGCGUCGUGGCCGUGAAUUGAUCUCCAGGACCUACUUCUUCCCCAGCAGCAUUACCGCUGCCGUCGGAAUCGAAGAUCCCGAUCUAGAGUACAAUAUCGCCUCCGUAACCUGCCUCAAUACCACCGAUGUCAUACGCAACAGCGUAAGCAUCACCAUCCAAGUGAAGCGCCCAGCUGUGUUUGUGUACCUGGAGUUGCUAAAGCCGUACCGCUACACGCUGUCUGAGAACGGAUUUAUGCAGACCGCGCCGAUGCACGUCGUCUAUCUGACUUUUGACGAGCCUACAUGUCACCGAAAUCUACGCAAAACGGACCUACGGGUGCUAACCGUCAACGACUUUAUGAGAUAGACCGACACGACUUCCUUGACAACUUUAAUUCAACUUUUAUAAAUAGCUUAACAAUAAUCAAAUCAAUAAAUAUAAUUAGCCGUUGAGCACCAACA